UGAGAAAGCCCUGGCUGGGAUGAUUUAGUUGGGGAUUGGUCCUGCUUUGAGCAGGGGAUUGGACUAGAUGACCUCCUGGGGUCUCUUCCAACCCUAAUAUUCUAUGAUUCUACGUUCACCUAUGUGUGAUGCCUGGCACCUUGCUCUCUCCUGUUCUCUGCCUCUUGUAGGUUAAGCUCCUGAGGACUGAAAUACUUUUUUCCAGCUAGAGUCUUUGGUCUCAAUAGAGGGGUAACUGGGUGAACUUUAAUAGCGUGUGGUAUUCUAGAGGUCUAAUGGUCCCUUCUGGCCUUAAAUUCUAUGGGACUAGUAUCAGAGGCUCUAUGCAACUAACAGCUAAAGGGUAUUCUGUGAUUUGGAACAAGAGGAGAUGAGUUUUAUUCGUGGUGUUGUUGUGAAGUUCCAGUGGCACAACAUGCGGUAUAAUGACAGCUGUGAAGUCUUAGGACUUGUUACAAUGCUAUACACUGGGCCAUAACUUUUAUGCCAUAGCAGAAGUGACAGCACUUUAUCCCACAGUCAUGAAGAGCUGAGAGAUCUGUCCAUCCUGCCAAUGAGGGGCAUUUUCCUAUUGGUGGCCUAAAGUCAACUGACAGAAUGGCAUACCUGUUGGGCAAUCCAAACUGCAUGGAGAGCUUGAGGAAGGACAUCACCGAUCUACAAGGAACCAUUAUUGAUGUCUUCUCCCGGGCUGGAGCAGUGCGUUAUCCUUCCUGGAAGUUCCCCAAUAAAGUGUCUUGUGAUCUGGAUCUGGUGGCUUUGCUGGAGCAUUACGACUAUGUGGAAAAUGACCCUGAAUUUACCCAGCAUUCCCAUGUAAUGCUCCUCGAACUGGUGAUUGACAGGCUGCUGUUGCUGCUUCAGAGCUUCACAGGCUACAUGGAGAAUCUCAUCAGCGAACAAGCUGUGCCCCCGUCCCGGGCAGUGGGACCCUGCAUGUCCAUCGGGCUGGCUGUGAGGAAGUACGGGAACAGCAUGUUGAAACUGGGAGCGCUCCAUCAGCAGCUAGUGACUGAGAAGAAAUCUAACAGGAGGGACAUCUCUGCACUGAAAUCUACCCUGCAAGAUGUGAAACCUGAGAAUGAGCCUUUGAAAAGCUGCUCACCUGUGAUUUCAGAAUCAAGUGCAUUAUUAGCCAGUGCCCAGUCAACCAUGCCAUGUCUACCACAAACCAUCCGUGGGCCAGACUGUGAUUUCUCAGACACCUCACAGCCACGGUCUGCAUAUGGUGUCACCAAGAACGUCUGUAGUGUCCAUUCUCAGACAAUUGAUUCAUCUCUGGUGCCCUGUGAUGCAUGUGCAGGUGGCCAGGCCAGCCUCCGGGAGGUCGGUAAAGCCAUCAUCAGCAUCUGCCACAGCCAGAACAUCCCCUCGUCCCUGGGCAAAUUCCAAGAGAUGGUUGAGGAGACCCUAGGCAACAAGCCACUCACCGCUACGGACAUAAGUUUCUGGGCAUCAGAACAGAGCAAAGACCUCUCUCGUAUCAACAGACAUCUUGGGGUGCUGAUGCAGCUGAUAAACCCUUUGAAGGCAGAUCUGGAAGAAUCUGAGAAACAGAAGGAUGAGCUGAGGAAGCAGGUUGAGGACUUUGACAAGCUUCUUCAGAAGGCGACUGAGACCCAGGAAUGGCAGAGGAAGGAGGCUGAGCAGUACCUGGAGGAAAAGAUAAAAGAGAAUUUUCAGAUCACAGCCAAACUGGAGAAGGACAAGGAAGAUCUACAGACAGGAGCUGCUGUGCUGGAGGAGAGAAUUUCCAUCUUGAAAGAAGAGCUGCUGUCACAGCAAGCUGCCAUGCGAGAGCUGGAGCUGACCAAAAGCACCCUGCUGGAGGAGAUGAGGACUAAGAUGGCCCACAAGAGCCAGAUGACAAAGCUGGAAGACCAAGUGCAGCUGCUAACCAGCCAGUUGGAGAACGCAAGCCACGAGCUUAGCAGGGCCACCACCCAGCUAGACAAGGAGAAGGCCAAAGUGGAAAGCAUGCUCAGGCAUGAGGAGUCGCUCCAGGCCAAGCAGAGGACCGUGUUGCAACAGCUGGACUGCCUGGAUCAGGAGUGCGAGGAGCUGAGGGCCAGCCUAGGCGAAGUUGAAGAUGACAAGGCUAAGCUGGAGCAACAGCUGAAGGCGACACAGGCUGAGAAGCAGCAGAUUCAGGGCCAGCUGGAGGCCCAGCAGCAGCUAAUGGAGAACCUGCAGCAGGAGAAGCUGAGCCUGGAGCAGUCCACAUCCGAACUACUCAGGAACAUCUCCGAGCUGGAUGAGCUGCUCCAGGAGCUGAAGGAGAGGGAGAGGUUGCUCGUGUCCUUUCCAGACCUCCACAUCCCUGCUGAGGCGCAGUUUGAGAGCACUGGGAACAUCACUGAUGAUAUGGAAAAGCAGCUGCAGGCGAACAACAUCCGAAUUAGCAUCCUGGAGGAAGAGAACUCGCGACUCAGGACCGCACUAGCCAAAAUGAAAGAGGCGGCCCAGCAAGGAGCGUUAAGGCUCAUCCCACAGACCCAGCUCUGGGCUCACUCCUCCUCCAGGACUGGAUCCAAGGACGGCAUGAUGGACCUCCACAAGGCUUCCACAGGCAACCCUAACCUCGCACACAGACCUCCAAGCAGCACAGUACCCCACCGGCUUGCGAGUGGCCAAGCCAGCAGCCAGAGCACGGCCCUCCAGAGACCGCCAAGCAGCCAGCCAAAGCCAUCCUCUGCAGAGGCCACGUGGAAGGCAGUGUCCUGCGUCUCCCUUCCAGCCGAGAACUCAGCCAUCAGCAUUUAUGCCAGACUGAAAGGGAAAGGCAGCACAGCCAGAGUCCAGGGCCUCUCAGCUCACAGCCCCAGGAAUCACCGGAAAUAGAACCGCAGGAGAGCAACCCCUGCUGGAGGUGUUCAGCCAGGGACACAAAUAAAGCCAUUUACUGUUCUUCCCCAAGGCUCCCUCCGAGAGCAGGGCUACUGUCUGUGACAGUGACAGAGCCGCAAAAGGGCUGUGCCACAUGGGAGCCCAGGGCUUCUCUGCCACUCGCCUGUUCCCUAACUGGGAUGGGCCACCUGCUGGAGUCAGGGCAGUCAGCUUGUGGGGGACGCCACGCCUUGCAAACAGCAUCUCCUUUGGUGGAGGAAGGAGCAUUGGCAGCUCCACAAGGAAAACCAGCCAGACCUCCCGGAGCAGCAGGAUGGCUGCUGUGAGGGAGGCUGCCCAGGAAGAGGUGGGAAGGAUGCAAGGACUGAGGGAUCCUCUCAGCGAUCCAGAGGAUCUCAUGAAGACAGAACCCAUACAAAAGGCUGUAUGCUUUCCCACCUUCCAGCAGGAGACAUCGUUCCAUUCCCACAUAGGAACUGCCCCAUUUUGUACAGACACGAGGGACUUUUCUUCUUCCUUAGGGAGCUAGGAAUCAAGAGCUCCAUCACAGCCUGGAUCAUACCCCCCCUCCUGUGACUUAACAUCCAGCGCUUGCUGCAAACCCCUGCCACAUCCUGGUUGGGUUUUGACAGUACAUUGUGCUGCAAGGGCAGGAGGAAACAGCAGGGAGUUGAGUUUCAGUAAGAGAUUCAAGAGUUAAGACUUUUAACCAGUAAGAUUGCAGUUGGCAAAUGACUGCAAGAAAAGGGGUGGGGAGAACAGGAAGGACUGUAUUGAGUGACUGCUAUAUAACAAUUACAGUGGGCAUUGACAGCAUACACUGUCCUAUUCCUUUUCAAUGGCUCUGUUACAAGUUAGGCUCCAAGAAGUUAGACAUGAAAGACUAGCUUAGAUCAUACUGUCCUUGCCCCUGCAGGGAAAGGGCAUGGUUCCCAGAGAGAGGACAGUGCUGUUAAUAAACUAGUAUUUUACAUUUAAGCUUA